AUGCCGUCUAAGAAAGUGCUGAUCAUCCUCAGCGAUGCACACUCUUUUCCUCUCCACAAAACCAGUGGAUCCGACGCCGGCAAAUUGGUAGAUCAGCCCUCGGGGUUCUUCCUCCAGGAGCUUGCAAAGCCACUACAGAAGCUGCUCGACGCGGGUCACGAGGUGACUUUCGCCUCCCCCAAAGGCCAAGAGCCUACCACAGACCCAAAUAGCGAAUCGUUACUCGCCUAUGCGGGCAAUUUCUACGAACGCCGACGCGAACUUGAACUCAUCGAACGCAUGAAACGUGAGAACGGAUUCAGUCAUCCUCUACCCUUCAGUACCAUCAGCAAUGAGAAGUUAGCCACAUUUGCGGGUCUCUUUAUCCCUGGUGGACACACCCCCCUUCAAGACCUGGGCGAAGAUCCGGAGCUGGGGCGGAUCCUGCGGUACUUCAAUAAGGAGAACAAACCUACAGCUGCCAUUUGUCAUGGACCCUAUGCGCUAUUGAGUACAAAGAAGGCAGGUGAUGGGUCGUUUGUAUACAAGGGGUAUAAAAUUACCUGCUGGAGUGAUACUGAAGAGAAAAUGAUGGAAAAACUAUUCGGUGGGGAGAUCGAGAAAGUCGAGACGGCCUUGAGAAAUGAAGGUGCUGUUAUGGUUGAAGGUAUGCCUGAGAAGAUUGGCGGGACCACGCUGCAUCGGGAACUGGUCACUGGAGGUAAUCCGUUGGCAGCAAAUGCCUUGGGUGAUAGGUUUUUGAGGAUGAUCAGUGUAUGA